UUGCAGGCCACAAAGAGCAAGCCCGCCGAAGAGAGCGAUGCGCCCGCGACCAAGAGAGCCCCCAUCUUCUAUGGCAGCUUGGAGGAGAAGGAGAGGGAGCGUCUGGCGAAAGGCGAAUCGGGGCUGCUGGGAAGGGAGGGGAUGAAGGCUGCGCUCGAGGCCGGCAACAUCAACAUCAGCAGCGGUGAGGUCUUUGACCUCGAAGACCACAUGAGCGAGCGGCAGGCGGAGGUGCUGGCUGAGUUUGAGCGCAGGAAGCGAGCCCGGCAGAUCAACGUCUCCACUGACGACUCUGAAGUGAAAGCCUGCUUGCGAGCGCUGGGGGAGCCCAUCACGCUCUUUGGAGAGGGUCCUGCAGAAAGGAGGGAGAGGCUAAGAAAUAUCCUUUCGGUGGUUGGCACAGAUGCAUUAAAAAAGACCAGGAAAGAUGACGACAGGUCUAAAAAAUCCAGAGAAGAGUAUCAGCAAACCUGGUACCACGAAGGACCACGCAGUCUGAAAACAGCGAGGCUGUGGCUUUUUUUUUUUUUUCUCCCCAGGGCAGCGAAGCGGCUGGAAGAAGCACGGCUGCUCAAAGAGAUUCCGGAGGCAACCAGGACGUCGCAGAGACAGGAGCUACACAAAUCCCUGCGAUCCUUAAAUAACUUCUGCAGUCAGAUCGGAGACGAUCGCCCGCUGUCCUACUGCCACUUCAGCCCCAAUUCCAAGCUCCUCGCUACGGCCUGUUGGAGCGGGUUGUGCAAGCUCUGGUCCGUGCCUGACUGCAACCUUGUUCACACCUUACGAGGACAUAACACCAACGUGGGAGCAAUAGUCUUCCAUCCCAAAGCCACCAUCUCCCUAGACAAGAAGGAUGUUAACCUGGCCUCGUGUGCGGCUGAUGGGUCUGUCAAACUCUGGAGCCUUGAAAGUGAUGAACCGGUGGCAGAUAUCGAAGGACACAACAUGAGAGUGGCACGUGUGAUGUGGCACCCGUCUGGGAGGUUCCUGGGUACUACCUGCUACGAUCACUCGUGGCGCCUGUGGGACUUGGAAGCUCAGGAGGAGAUUCUCCAUCAGGAGGGGCACAGCAAAGGGGUCUAUGACAUCGCCUUUCACACGGAUGGCUCUCUGGCUGGGACGGGUGGACUGGAUGCUUUUGGCCGGGUGUGGGACUUGCGCACGGGACGCUGCAUCAUGUUUCUAGAAGGCCACCUGAAGGAGAUCUACGGCGUUAACUUCUCCCCAAAUGGAUACCACGUUGCAACUGGCAGCGGUGACAACACUUGCAAGGUGUGGGACCUGCGGCAAAGGAAGUGCAUCUACACCAUUCCUGCCCAUCAGAACCUGGUGACGGGCGUGAAAUUUGAACCCCAUCACGGCAACUUCCUAUCCGUGGAGGCAUCUCCUGUUUAA